AGAACUUCGGCACUCCAAAUUCUCAGAGAGAGAAAAUGUUGAAGUUCCUCUCGCGCGUGAGGAUCGAGUUCAACGCGUUGGACCCACGCACGGCUUCGUGCAUGGAGUUCUUGGCGCAGUGCAACGCCCCCAAGGCCAAAGAGUCCAAUCCCGGCUGCGCCGUCCAAGUCAAGCGCCGCACCGACGACGAACCCCCCAAGAUCACCGUCACCUUCGCCAACGGAGUCGAGGAGGUCUUCGACGCGACCGCCACGCCUGCCCAGAGCAUUCGGACCAUGAUUCUCGAAAAGGGUCGGAUGCUUGAGACGGAGCAGAUGUUCCGCGACUCCGGCGAGGCCUGGCCGGUGCUUAUUCCGGCCGAGGAGCUCACCCAACCGGCGCCUGGUACCAAGCCUAGGAAAGCAGAAGAGAAGAAGCAGUAACCUCUAUGUUGCUUGAUCUAUGGGAGCAGUUCCUUGGUCAGCCUUGCUGGACUUCAGUUCAUGUUUCCUUUGGUAAAGGGAACAUUUAUAAACGAUUCUAUGUUUCAAUCCAUUUUUGUUGUGGAAGCAUUUGAUCAUAUUUGAUUCUUGUUAAAAUCCGCAGAGUAUGACAUUGUUUUGACCUCAAAGACAUUGUUUGGCGUGAUGUAAGUCAAGGCAGGAAAGAAUCUAAAAUCCAGAAAUAAACCACUCAGUUCU